AUGGUCAAGAGCACAGUGUUGACGCUUCUCAUUUCCGCACUUCUUGUCGGUUACGGUCGCUGUCAGAGCAAUGUCAAGUUGGAGUUUGUGCAAGGAGUAAGUGGACGGGCUAGGCUACUUGACAGUGUAGUUUUUCUGGGCUUCUAGCCUUGAAUCCCAGACAAUCAUUGCGUUUUUCCAGUUAUGGCGCCACGGAGAACGUUCUGCUCUCGCCGACCUGUACCCAAUCUAUGAGGAUGACUGGAUCUACGGCGGAGGCGGGCUCGGAGAGCUCACUGCCAAGGGCGCCGGAGAAAUGAACGAACUCGGACGGCUUCUCCGCAAACGAUAUGUGAACGAGCUGAACUUUCUGACCCCAAAAUAUCUAUCCAGAGAGGUAUAUUGGCAAUCUGUCGGAAAUCUGAUCAGAAACUUUAGGUCUACUUCCGAUCCACCGAUUUCAACCGCACUAUUCUCUCGGCCAACGCUCUGCUCUACGGGCUCUUCCAGCCGAGCAUCUACGAUAUUCCAAGUACGCAUUUUAGAUCAGAAUGGAAUACAAAUACUCAAUUUUUAGAUGUUGACUACCCAUUCGAACCGCUCAAAUGGCAAAUCGGACUCACUUUUGUGCCGGUUCAUGUCGACGGUCCGGAUCAGUGCGCGGCCAGUCAGAACUGCGACUGUCCACGCUACAAUGUACUUCAGGCGACUAUGUUGACUCUUCCAGAGGUCGUGAAAAAGUUCCAGCAGGUAUGGAAAUGUUGUUAAGACUAUCAACUUCAAUCCUACAAUAAUCUUUCCAGGUAGUCGUUCUGAACCGUCAAGUCGGUCCCUACUACAACCUGACCUCAGGAAUCGAUACCUUCUACACCUAUCCGGACACGUGGAAGUGUCAGCGUGCCUAUUUCAACUCGACACUCUACGCGAAUCUUCCCUGGUACAACGAGACACUGUACACGCUGUCGCAAACCACCUACGCACCAGUCAAAGGAUUUUUGGAGGGAAAUUUCGGUAGCACCUCUUGAAUUUGAGAAAUUGUUCAUAUUUGUGGUUUGUAGACAACUCGACUGUUGUUAAUGGAGUGGACAUUGGAUUGGAGAUGAGAAAAGUGAGAGCCGGAGUGUUGAUCAACGAGCUUUACGAUCGGGCGAACGAGAAGUUGGAUUGUGCGGCGGCGAACACGAGUUGUACGAGCUAUUUGAAGAAAUUAAAGUUCUAUGGAUAUUCGAUUGUGAGUUUGUGAUUCUAGGCCAUCAAAAUUAUAGCUUUAAGACCAUUUGUUCAAAGUCUUUGGCACAAAAUCUAGAGUUAGACCAUCUUUUUCGAUUUCAGCACGAUAACAAUGUGUACGCAGCCCUUGUGGCCCUCGGAAUCCCGCAACUCACCGGGACCAUUGAUGGCUGGCCAGCCUACGCAGCUGGGCUUUUUUUGGAGUUCCACAGAGACACAGCGACCAACGAGAAGUUCUUCAAGGUAAUCAAUCUCACAGUACUCAAAGAACCCGUUGCCUAGGUCUUCUACCGUUCGGGAGACGAUCAGGCAAUCGAGCCGAUGACCCAAUUGCUUCCAAUUUGCGCCGGAGCCACUUUGUGUCCAUUCUCGGCUCUUCAGACUCUGGCACAGACACUCAAACCUCUUCCGGACAUUACUACGGUAGGAUGAGAGAGUACGGUAGCUUCAUACAAGAUUUUUUUGGUUUUCAGCUCUGCAACACUACAACGCUCUAG